UAGUGCAUUGCGUGGCUGUCGCCGGGCUGUGACGUCAUGCUCAGGAACGUUCAGGAACGUGUUUACAGUUUGUUGCGUCAUUGGUGAAGACGCAUCUGAAAGGUGAAAUAGAUAACAAACCAACUGUUUCUGCCUGUUUUUCAUGUCCUCCUGACUGGACUCAGUAUUGGUCAGUGAUGUUGGUCACACGCCUGUCAUGCCUGCGGUCAGUCCUCCGGAGUCCAGCCCUGAUGAAGUCCGGUCCAGCCCAGAUCAGACCACAGCAGGGUUAUUCCACCAAGACUAGACUGGGAUUCCGCCGGAGCAAGACGGCCAAAGAUCAAGCGUUUCAGCCUGCUACAGACACAGCAAUUAAAAUCGACAGCAUGGGCCGGAUCGUCCUCGCUGGAGGCGCCGCCGUUGGACUCGGAGCUUUGUGUUAUUAUGGCUUAGGGAUGUCCAAUGAGAUGGGAGCCAUCGAGAAAGCAGUGAUCUGGCCGCAGUACGUGAAGGACAGGAUUCACUCCACAUACCUGUAUUUUGCGGGCAGCGUGGGUCUGACGGCGCUCUCGGCCGUCGCGGUCAGCAGGACGCCGGCGCUCAUGGGACUCAUGAUGAGGGGCUCCUGGCUGGCUAUUGGUGCCACGUUUGCUGCCAUGAUUGGCGCCGGGAUGCUGGUGAGAUCGAUCUCGUAUGAACACAGUCCGAUGCCGAAACACCUGGCCUGGGCUCUACACGCAGGUGUGAUGGGAGCCGUCAUUGCUCCGUUAACUCUGUUGGGUGGCCCGCUGAUGGUUCGAGCGGCCUGGUACACAGCAGGCAUUGUGGGUGGUCUGUCGACGGUGGCCAUGUGUGCGCCGAGUGAAAAGUUCCUGAGCAUGGGCGGCCCGCUGGCGGUGGGCUUCGGCGUGGUGUUCGCCUCGUCUCUGGGCUCCAUGUUUCUGCCCCCCACCUCCGCAUUCGGGGCCGGCCUGUACUCGGUGGCGGUUUAUGGAGGUCUGGUCCUGUUCAGCCUGUUUCUGCUGUAUGACACACAGAAAGUUAUCAAGCGUGCCGAGACGCACCCUCUUUACGGCGUUCAGAAAUAUGACCCCAUUAAUGCAUGUAUGGGCAUUUACAUGGACACCCUCAACAUCUUCAUGCGUUUGGUGAUGAUUCUAGCCAACGGCGGCGGAAACAGGAGGAAGUAGCCAUAAGGAGACCAGAAGACACUGACUGGAGUGACUGGAGGACAAAGAUUUAGCGGAAUAAAGUUUACUCAUUUAUUUGUUUAAAAGCAGAAAAACCCUUUGGAUUGCUUUCAGCUGAAUUGCAUUUUAAACAUGUCCAACAGUACAAGGUAAUUAGCAUAGUUAAUGUGUCUUAUCCAAUGAUGGUGAAUGAAGAUCGUCUUAAUUCCACAGCUGGUGUAAUUAUAACAAACAUUUUUGUGUAUUUAUUUUAGGUAAGAGAUCACAACAGACUUAGAGUUAUUACACUGAAAACACUUGUCACUGUGAUUGUUUGGGGUUCAUGGUUCAAUAAACUUUAGUGGUAUCUUUAA